GCUGAUUGUAGUGUGUUUUGUUGUGUUGUUAUGUGUGUCGUGCGGGAGAACGAGUGCAGUAGUAGCAGCAAUUCAAGAGUGAGCAAGAGUAGAGGCAGCCGUCGUUUCGUUCGGUUUCGUCGGGGUUUUGUGUAGUGGCAAUUAUCAACCAGGUGACAUUACAAGCUAUUGGUAGUAAAGUUACGGCUACCGUAUCACGGUAUGGUAUCUCGGGUCUGUUUCGGAAUCGUGUAGAACUAAAUGCCAUUAGACUGCGUUCGACGUGCGUGAUUUUUGAUUGUGAUUUCAAGCAGCGUGUUGCCUUGGCGGCGGGUUACUAUUUCCAACUGAAAACAAUCAUUCAAUGAUAGCACGCAUGCAGUAAUUAUUAUUAGUUCCGGAGUGCCAUUUCUGUAGUCUGUGUUAGAUCAAAAGUGAUGGAUUAUGAAAAGUACCGCAUAAAACAAAUUAAUCUAGAAUGUUCAACAACAUGAGUAACAAGUUAUGCCACAUUGAGUUAAUGAGUGCGCGUGUUCUGUGUUCGCGUCUCUAGUGACCAACAGUUGCAGCUUGCUAGCAAUAGUAGCAAAUUUUGCUCAUGAAAAGCAGUAAUCGAAUACAAGCCAAAGCUAUUAAUCGCCAAAACAAAAAACAAACCACGCAAAGCCAGUCAGUGUGUCGUUAGUGGUGUAUUUUGUGCCGAUGAAAAUCCCAUUCAACCCUUGCCUGGAAGGAAACAAGCAUAAAGUGAAUGAUCGAAACAGUGAUAGGCAGUGAUCGGCGAUCCAACAUUCUAAACGGAGAGAAAACCAUGUCACAUUUUCCUUUCCGUGGAUCGCCCACUACUCAGAGUACCACCCCGUCAGCUCCAUCCGCGCCAUCUUCACCACCUGCAGCACCAGUUGCGAUGGCCGUCACAACGACAGUGCCUCCAGGAGCCCGCAGCACGUCGCCCUGCUCAGCUACCUCCGGUCCACCAACGUCCGGCAGUGGACGAUGUUGCGACACCGGUCGACCAAUUUUCACUGAUCCCAUUUCGGGUCAAACUGUGUGUUCGUGUCAGUACGAUCUGAUUAAUUACCAGCGGCUCGCGAGCGCCGGUAUCGCUGGUCCCGGUGGUGUUCCUCUGUCCAUGUACAGUGCACCGUAUAGUCCCGAAACGAUGGCUGCGUACUUUCCGGCGAUAGGAGCCGAUCAAGCACCGUUCUACGCAAAUCCAGCCGCUGCCGGAAUCGACCUAAAGGAAAACCUCGCCGCUGGCGGUGCACCAUGGCCUUAUCCCUCCGUCUAUCAUCCGUAUGACGCCGCCUUUGGUUACCCCUUCAAUUCCUAUGGAAUGGACUUGAAUGGAGCACGAAGGAAAAACGCCACCCGCGAAACCACGAGUACGUUGAAAGCGUGGCUGAAUGAGCAUAAAAAGAAUCCAUACCCAACCAAAGGCGAAAAGAUUAUGCUGGCGAUAAUCACGAAAAUGACCCUCACGCAAGUGUCCACGUGGUUUGCGAACGCGCGGCGGCGAUUAAAGAAGGAAAACAAAAUGACCUGGGAACCUCGGAACCGGGUGGAAGAUGACGAUGUUAAUCUGGACGAUGAUGAUGACGAUAAUAAAAGUUUGAAGGACGAUAAGGAGAUUUUAGAUUCCAAAGACUCUGGUACAGGAUCCAGUGAAGAUGGUGACAGACCAUCACGCUUAGAUAUGCUGGAUCGGCCAAGCAAUAGUGACUGGAAUGGAUCUCGGAAUGGCAGUGGGCCGAACUCACCAGACAUUUACGAUAGGCCAAUGCCAGGUCAUCCACUUCUUCACCCCUCCAACUUUCCUCCGCAUUUGCGAUCCUCACUAGGAACACCUCCAGAUGUCAACCACCCACCCAGCGGCAGUACAAAUCCCAGCAAGCCAAGGAUUUGGUCUUUAGCCGAUAUGGCUAGUAAGGAGAAUAAAGAUUCCGAAUCAUCAUCUCCGACGGCAACCGGUUAUUCACCAGGAAAAAUUGUCACACCGCUUGCCGGGCGGGGUCUGAAUGCUCUGCAUCAUCAUCCGUACAUGAGACCCGAAUUCUAUCGUAACCUUUAUGGCCCACACCUAACAGCAGGCUCACCAGAAGUCUCGCUGCUAGAAUCCUACCAGCGAACUUUCGGUGCAACACUGGCUCACAAUGGGAUUCCCGUCGGUAUGAACCCGUUAAUAUCGAAGGCCUCGGGCAGCGGGCCUCCUUUCGCACCUUUAAGUCUCACCACCAACAGUAAUCCAAAUACGGCUCCACAACCGGGAGCGUCACCCGCCUCAAGCACCUCGUCUGGUCCAGAAAACCUCACUCCUUCCACACCACCUGCCGAAAAACUAAUAUCGGUAACCAAACCAUGACACUUGGAAAUCAAGUAAGCCAUCUUUUUGCUACCGUCGCAAAACUACAGUCGGUUUUGAAAAACACUAAGUAAAAACAAUCAGACAAUAAUGAUGAAUGUGAUUAUAAUUUUUCACGUAUUUUUUAAUCUUUAUUGAGCAGCAAUUUGCUGAUGUUUGGCUCUCCUGUUCAAAGUGAGAUUAACUUUUCCCAACAAAGAACCAAUUGAUUGUACCGAGCGGGCAAAAAAAAACAAAAUUUCCAACCCGAUCCCAUCUGGAAGGGUAACAUUGAAAUGAAAUUAAUUUACAUUAAUUGUUCUUGAAUUUCGAUAAUUUUUCAUCUCAUUCGUAUAAAUUCGCUUAUUUUUGCUUGAUGUUCGUUUGCCGCUGGUCGGUGUUCAAAAUCAAAUAGCCGUCGGCAAAAGCUGCACGCGAAAAAAAAACAAAGUAGCGUGAAGUGGGAAGCGAUUGGAAAUUGAGGCAGCCAUAUGGAAUGCGCCUUGCUGGAUUGUUCGCCAGAACACGAACGAUCAAGGCGGUCGUUUUUCUUUCUGCUUUUCAUAAGCUUUCACAAAAAAUACGGGCAAAAAUUUCUGAAGUGCAACGAAUUAGUAGUAAAACAGUACGAAGUAGAUGAAAGCAGUGUUUGAGCAGCGCAAGUUUUGGUUAGAAUGAUGUUGGGCAACGUAGGAGAAUCAUAUCUCCCCAAUUUGAGUUUUAUGCCCAUUAGAAGCAUCUGGACGCAAUGAAACUUUUCACACAUUUUGUAAAUUGUAAUGUUUGUAUAAAAGCAAAGAAUAAAUGGACACGUUGAAACAAACGUCUUGUACAUACCAAUAUAGAUAAAGAAAAUAGUGUAUGUGAUAUUAAAAUGUAUUAAAAAAUUAUCGAUAAGAAGGUAAAACGCAGCGUAGCAAAUGAACAACUUUUAUUCUUUUCCACUGAUCGUUGAUCGUUCUUCUUAUCGAGCGCAAGAUUUUGUUCGAGAAAUCGUUCCUUCUACUUAUAGUCAAUUUAUGUAAUACCUAGUUCCCUCAUCAUCCAACCGAUCACAGCUGCGUUUAGUUUCUAUUUUUCCGUUCAAGCGAUUGGCUGAGAGAAACUGUGUUAUAUAGUAACAUAUCAUGGGAACUCCUUUAAAAUCCAGUUCAGUAGUACAAGAAGUUUGCUCUUUGUGAGGUUACCAAAAGAGCUACGAAAUCUCGAAUAAAAGUCGGAAAAAAAACUUCGAACAGAGCAAAGAGGCAAUUUGAUUUGUAUAAUUUGCCCAUCAUUCAAGUUAUAGUCUACUCAAGAGACUUGUACAAGCCUGAAACAGGUUUAAAACGGAAAACAUAACAAGCGUGUUACAAUUGAAAACAACAACCUAUGUAAAGCUGUAUAAAAUUUACGUUAGUGAAUUAUUUAACCAUCCUAUUUAUUUUUUAUUCGGAAAUAAGCGUUAAGUGUUCAAGUGCAGGAAAAUUACAACACUGUGUAAAAUGAGGACAUUUAAAUGAAUUUGACUAACUAAAACAAAGUGGAAAUCGUAUAUAUAAAUAUUAAACUUUAUAUACUAUUGAGGUAAUGAAUUAAAGUAAUUGUACUGUAAAUUAACAAAUUGAAACAAGACGGCAAGAGACAACAACAGGAAACCAAUCGUAAUGUUACUAGUUGCAAUAAAGAGAAUGACAAAUGAAAAAAAGUCAACAACCUUUAAACAUA